AUGGGUUCUGGGAUUAGUGCAGGCUGCUAUAGCACCAUAGUGACCCCUCAUUUGGAAGCUGUUACAGAUGACGAGACAAGCCUGCUCCAAAUGGGAACUUCACAAGAGGUGACAGAGACGUCAAGCGCCUCAGACUCUCAGCGCGAUCCAGACAAGGACACAUCUGGUUCUUCCACACAUUUAUCACGGGACUCUAAACGGCCCAAAUCCUGCGGUGUUGACAUAGCACCCAAAUUGGCUCCGCCACACCCUCCCUCUGCUCCAACAGCUCCAGUCAUGCCCCCUGUGCGUACCCGAAGGCAUAAGGUACAUAAUAUAGCGUCCAUUCCAGACGCUGAAGACCUUCUUGAGCUCACAAAUGGAGGCGAGAUCAAGUUCGCGCCGUCCUCUAUCACCAACACAGACUUGGCCCACUUACAUCUUUCCAGUGAUCAACUCUCUAGAUUAGCCGCUAUAGUCUAUCAUGGCCGUGCCCGGUACGCUCGUCUUUUGCUAGCAGAGGGCUCCCCAAGGUACAGUAGCUCACUACUACUUCUCUAUGAGCUUCUAUCAUAUUCUCUUCAAUCAGGAAGGUUUAUAAUCAGUCUAUUGAACCUAGUUCCCGAGAUAAUCACCACACUGUCUUAUGUUCGGUUAAUUUUGACGUGUCUGUAUUGGGAUUAUCCAGAGUACAGUACCCUCUAUCCUGUGCUUCUUAGGCUGGCAGGUGCUGGCGAGCCAUCACGCAGUAUGGAUCCAGUCGUGACAACUAUCUGUUUCAACGCAUAUCCGAGCCCCUGGUCAUCCCCUGCUUCGAUUUGGUGCCGCAAGCUACGCACACAGGAUCAUUUGUGCCAGCAUAUGCAGCAGUUUCUCGCAGACUAUCAACGGAAGCUGCGUGUGAAGACCGUGUCGGCAGGAGAAGCCGUCCACAGUGUGAAAAGGUACAAAGUAGACUAUUCCUUCGUGAUAGAACUUUUAGUAUUUGAUAUAAUCCGCCGUAUCCUGGUGGGCGACGCUAGCCUGGCAAUUGUGAUGAGUAAUCUUCUUCCAAUAUUCUCAUGCACCAAUGCAUCGUACACUCGCGCCAUCUACACCAACUCCCCAAAAGAUAUCUAUUCCGUAAUGACCAAUACAAUAGGGUCUCCAUCGAUCAUCCCAGACCUUUUCCAGCUUCUUCUUAACAAGGCAGGUGUUCCGGCUUUUCGCAUUCAGCUUUCUGAAACACUUAUUGGCAAUCUUGUGGCCAUUGAAGGUGUCUGGUAUGUAGUCGAUACAAUAAAAUAUGUCACGGCAACACGGUUUUAUGGCUCUGACUAUGUCAACAUCCCACUGCACUGGUAUUGUAGGCUCUUCCCCCGGGCAUCUAGCUUGUUGUACACUGCCGGCUUCCCCAUUCUUUACUCAGUUGACCGUAUUGAAGCCACUGAGCCUGUGACUUCUCUUUCGUCUCUUAAAUACAAUCUAAACUUCAUCAAGAACCAAUGUUUCUGUGUUUCUGAAUUGUAUGAUGCCAUGAGUUUUCUAAAAGACCGAGAUGAAGAAGUGCAUAAAAGAAUACAUAGAACGCUGGAUGCAGUCCUCCCUAUAACUCCGAAAGUGGUCUUGUUCAAUCAGCCAGCAUCUCUUUCUAACACAGGCUCGUUCACGUCCAUUCUGCAGCUAACAAACUCUCCUUUGACGCCAACAGGAAGGCCUCCAUCUACUCUGCGCGAACCCUCUCCGAGAAGGGCUAAGACAUCUACCAAUAUAGCGAAAUCAAAAUUAUCUCCUCCACUGAACAAGCAAUCUGCCUCUCCAGCAAAGAAGUUUAUUUAUCGGCAGCUGGGAAAUUCAACCAGCUAUAUCCAAGCCAGUGAGCGGAUAAGUCUUUCUCAGACGCUCGUAGACAUGGAAGGCCCUGCUGCACAAACACUACUGAAGGGUUUGAGCUAUAUACUACAUACAGGCGCAUACAGCAUGCACGGGUGGAUACUUCCAGAGGAUUGUACAUUUGAUGGUUACACACUAGGUCCUAACACGAACCACUCAAGUGCAGCUGCCUCUACAAUUGCUUCUCUAACUUCAGCCCCAAAUCCGUGUGUAUCACAAGCCCUGAGUGACCUAGAUUUGUGUGUCAUGCGGUACGCUAUUUACACACUUGUGGAGCGUCUACUAGCAGAGCUCAAGAUCGAACUGGAUUCUUGUUCACCCAACCUCAAAUUGAGCACUCCCCCACUUUCUGCACGGCCGUCAUCAAUAGGAAGGCACACACAGAAAGCAGAAACCUCAAUGAUGCUUGCCAUUUCAAACUUUCAAGUGCGCGUCGAGCAGCAGUGCUUCUACCGGAUUCAGUUCUUCAAGGACACGAUCAUGGCAAGGCAACCUUUUAUUCUCAAAGAGCACAGGCUGUCCAUAGACAUGAUGACAAAGUUGAGCACCGACACAGAGAGCUUCAAAAUCAUAGUGGCCAAAUUAAAGGAGCAUGUCGAUACCUUGGUGUUUGAUAAUAAGUUGAGGAUGAUACUGGUGUUUGAUGACCAGAACUUUAGUACACCCAUUACCGAAGAAGAAGAGCAUAGCUUAUUAAGUAAUAUGAACAAGUUACUAAAACACGUCUUUUAUGCUAGUAAGUGCUCCAAUAGGGAACAGAUGACCCGUAAGGGUCGCGGAAUCCUUGGCAGUAACGGGAGACUAUACUUUCUCAUAGAAUUUGUGAAACUACUAUAA